AUGAGCCAGGCCGAGCUGUCCACCUGCUCGGCGCCUCAGACACAGCGCAUCUUCCAGGAGGCUGUGCGCAAGGGCAACACCCAAGAGCUGCAGUCGCUGCUGCAGAACAUGACGAACUGCGAGUUCAACGUGAACUCGUUCGGGCCCGAGGGCCAGACGGCGCUGCACCAGUCGGUCAUCGACGGCAAUCUGGAGCUGGUGAAGCUGCUGGUCAAGUUCGGCGCCGACAUCCGCCUGGCCAACCGCGACGGCUGGAGCGCGCUGCACAUCGCCGCGUUCGGCGGCCACCAGGACAUCGUGCUGUACCUCAUCGCCAAGGCCAAGUACGCGGCCGACGGCCGGUGA